CUCAAGCAGCAAUGCAACAACCAUUCCACUUCCCUGCUCGUUUCGGUUAUGCUUUUGGAUAAGAAAUAAGGUAAAAACCUGAAACGAACGUAAAUACUUUGAAACAAAUUUAAAUGGCAGCACUGAGCACUUCUUCACCUUGUAUAAGGUCACGAACAGUUUUAUUUCCUUGCAAUAAGAGCCUCACAACUUCAAACUCUCCUAGCCUCAAAACUGUUCUGUUCUAUGACCGUCGCAAAAGGUCCCCGUUUCGUGUUUCAGCCGACAUCUCGAACUCGAAAGCUCGUUUCGUUGCCCGGCGCAAAGAAUCCGUUACGGUUCGCCAGCUCCAGCGGCCUCUAAUGGAGUAUAUGAGCUUGCCGGCGAGUCAGUACUCAGUGUUGGAUGCUGAGAGGAUAGAGAGAGUGGAUGAUAACACUUUCAGAUGUUAUGUGUAUAGGCUCAAGUUCUUUGCAUUUGAAGUUUGCCCUGUUUUGCUUGUUAGAGUUGAAGAGCAACCCAAUGGUUGCUCCAUUAAUCUUGUGUCCUGCAAGCUUGAGGGCUCGCCAAUUGUGGAAGCACAGAAUGACAAGUUUGAUGCUUCUAUGGUAAACAGACUAUCAUAUGAUAACAAGAACAGUGACUCAGCAGUACAACAACUAACUUCAGAUGCAGUUAUUGAGGUGAGCAUUGAGAUCCCUUUUGCAUUUAGAGCACUUCCAGUGCAAGCGAUAGAAUCAACUGGGACACAAGUUUUAGAGCAAUUACUUAAACUUAUGCUUCCACGCUUUAUGGCUCAGCUUGUCAAAGACUAUCAAGCAUGGGCUACAGGCAAUACCUCUAGGCAGCCUCUGGGAACAGGGGAGAUUUGAAAUUGCAAAGAGCAAGACUGGCUGUUACUGAUUAUGAAUCUCCACCUCGAAUUCGGCUUGGUUAGGCAGCAAUUACUGCUGUCCUCACCACUAGAAAUCCAUCAGAUCGAGCUUCGCCCAGUAAGCGUCGUACCUGGAAUCAGGGUUAAGAAAUGGUUGGUUUAAAUUUCUAAUAAAACAAAAAGAAAAUUAUUUUACAAUUGAACGGACAAUAUUUUAAAAUUCCUUUUUUUUUUUUUUUUUAAGAUUUUUCGGGUGCCAAUUAUAAUAAUUCUAUUUUGUCUACACUUGGACUUUGUGUUUGAUUUAGUGAAUGCAAGGAAAAUGUGAAGUUAUGAUCUGGUGGCUGAAAGUAUAGCUUUAAUACUUUAGAUGGCUACUUUUCAUAAAUAAAUACGAUGUAAUUAUUAUUAGGUUAAAUUUUUAGAUGUAAUUCUCUUGGAGGUAAAAUUUAUAUUAGUGUUAUA